UCUCUGUCCGAGACGCCAGGCGGCGGUGUUGGUGGAGGCCAAUCUCUUUCUCCAAGGCGCCAGGUGGCGGUGUUGCUGGAGGCCGGUCCCCUUCUCCGAGCCGCCGGGUGGCGGUGUUGCUGGAGGCCGGUCCCCUUCUCCGAGCCGCCAGGUGGUGGUGUUGCUGGAGGCCGUUCCCCUUCUCCGAGCCGCCAGGUGGCGGUGUUGCUGGAGGCCCGCUUUCCUGGCCCCUCCUGCCGAUGUUGGGAGCUGGAGUCUGAAUGUUGAGCUUAGCUCAGACCGGGAGGCGGGGAAGCGGAGCGGCCGGUGCCGCGGGGAACGGCGCCCGGUGAUCGGGUCUAAGAGCGGAGACCCCGGGCCGUGUGGGGGGAAAUCCCCUGCGGCUCUGGGAAUGAAAGAGUGCGAGUACCGGCAGAUCGCGCUGGCGCCCGGCAACGGCUCCACCCCGGCCCCCCAGGCCCCGGCCUCAGGGAAGCAGCGACGCCGGCGGAAGUGGGAAUCGUUCGCGGGAAAGAACCGGUUCUUCUGCGACGGGCGAUUGAUGAGCGGGCGGCAUAGCGGCGCCUUCUACCUGACACUGGGUCUCAUCCUCAGCACCAGCGGCCUCUUCUUCGGCUUCGAUUGUCCUUACCUGAUGGAGAACCUGACUCUGGCCAUUCCGAUUAUUGCGGGGCUGCUGUUUGUGUUUGUGGUGAGCACCUUGCUGCACACAAGUUUCACUGACCCUGGGAUUCUGCCACGAGCCACACCGGAUGAAGCAGCUCACUUGGAGAGGCAGAUAGAUAACUCUGGGGGAUCAGGUUACCGCCCCCCACCUCGCACAAAGGAAGUGGUGAUCAAUGGGCAGACAGUGAAGCUCAAAUACUGCUUCAGCUGUAAAAUGUUCCGGCCUCCGCGAACAUCACACUGCAGCCUUUGUGACAACUGUGUGGAGCGAUUUGACCACCACUGUCCUUGGGUUGGAAACUGUGUCGGGAAAAGGAACUACAGAUUUUUCUACAUGUUUCUGCUCUCGCUUUCCUUUCUAACUGCUUUCAUAUUUGCCUGUGUGAUAACUCACCUUACACUGCGAUCUCAGAACAUUGGGUUAUUAAAUGCGCUCCAGGAAACUCCAGCAAGCGCACUUGAGCUGGUGGUCUGUUUUUUCUCAGUCUGGUCCAUUCUGGGCCUCUCAGGGUUCCACACGUAUCUGGUGGCUUCCAACCUGACAACAAACGAAGAUAUUAAAAGCUCGUGGUCCAGUAAACGAAGCUCAGAGGAAAGCACUAAUCCUUAUAGUUACAACAGUAUCAUCACUAACUGCUGUGCAGUCUUGUGUGGACCAAUGCCACCCAGUUUAAUUGACAGGCGUGGUUUCUCGGACCCAGACACAACACAGCUGCCUGGGCACCAGCAUAAAAUUUCUCAGGGAGCGAAAACAGAAGCCAACCUGGUAGGAGGGGUCCCCUAAUGAUGGUGUGAAUUAAUGCCAUGCCUGUCAUGUUUGAGUCCACCUCUCAUGCAUCUAUCCAUUUCCCUCUUACCCAUGACCUCACCCUAGCAUGAACUGAAACAGAGGCUACAACUUGUGGGAAUGUUUAGCUGCCUGACUCGGUGACAUUUUGCAUGCAGUUCUCAUGGCCGGAAAUGUCACUUGAGCCAAGUUCUCAGAAACAGAUUGACUCCAUGUGUACAAGUGCAUGGGUCCUAUGAAGAAUCAGUGCUGGAUUGCUCAGCAAAUGGGCUGUAAGAACCUGGGAAUGUGUUCUUGUCUGCAGUCAUCUGCCUGACCAGUUUGGGGACUUUUCAUUGGAAUUCCUCUCCAUUAUAGUGAAAUAAGAGCAGGGUCAUCCUGCUGGAAUGAGCUGACACAAAACACUGAAGCCAGCUGUGCGUUCAGACACAGCACAGCGACUGCUGGUGCUGAAUUAUGUUACUGUUACAGUAAAGGAACAGAGAUUGGGAGCUAGUGUUAAAGGGUUAAUGUUGCAUUUGAAAGGGGGAGGUGGAGCCGCCGUUGAGGAGGCCUAUAUUUUUAAUCUAAUUAUGAGCUGCUGAUUUGCAUCUUUUGCUUCAAAUGGGAUUGUGUGUUGAUGAAUAUCAAGUUACUAUGGUUGACAGUGCCCAGCAGAAAGCAAAAUGUUCAUGCUUUCUUCUUUACCCUGGGGCACUCAGCAUUCAUGUAUUUUGGGUGUUUGAAGGGAAUGGACUCAAGAAAGCACUCCAGGGAUGAGGUGUCGCGAAGUGUUGGUGAGCAUUGCUACAGCCUGAAGUCUGGUGAAGAUUGGCCAAAGGGCCUCUAUCUGUAACACGGGGUGAGGAUGCAGAAUUGGAAAUUGCACUCUAGGAUCCUGCCUGUGCUUUCAGCACAAUCUUUGCCUACGUGCAUACUGCAGUGAGAAUUGCACAAGAAACUUCUUGCCAAUUUGUUCUACCACUUUAUAUGAUUUUAAAAUAUUUUUGUUUGAAUCCUCUGUGCCAGCUUGCUGUCUGUACAGAGAAUGUUAUCUAAUUAUUGCUGUUUUAUUUCCUAUUAAUUUGUAUUUAUAAUAAAAUCGGUGCUAUUUGCCUAAAAGUCUCCCCUGGUGAGCUCUUAAGUGAAAAUAAAAUUGGAAAGUUGAA